AUCGUUUCAUUUUUCAAGAUAUGCAACGAUUGUUACCGAGUUCCCAAAGCGACAAACGUCAUAUUCGUUCCUGUUUCUUUUGGAACUGAAUGCGCAUGUGUGGCCUUGCAGUACCGCGCCGUUGCGAAAAUACCAGCACUGUUGAAUCUCAGCAUCAGACAUGGCAAGAACCAGCGGAUACAUGCCUCCUAUUCGAAGCAACCAGGACGACGGAACGCCGAGUACAAGCCAUGCAGCAACUGACGACGCUCCAUUCACUGGGGCCGACUACAAUGCCAGAAGCAGCAGUACUAGCAACAGCAGCAGCACUAGGAGCAGCAGCAGCGAUGAGUCAACGCCAAGAAAAAACAAGGCGGCCAAGGAGCUACCUCCAACCAAUCUGAAACCGGCUGUGAGCAGCAGCAGUAGCAGCAGCAGCAGCAGCAGUAGCAGCAGCAGCAGCAGCAGUAGCAGCAGCAGCAGCAGCAGCAGCAGCCCCAGUAGCAGCAGUACCGAUGAGAUAACGCCAAGGAAAAACAAGGCGGCCAUGGAGCAACCCCCAACCACUGUGAAAGACGGUGUCAGCAGCAGCAGCAGCAGCAGCAGCAGCACUAGUAGCAGCAGCAGCGAUGAGUCAACGCCAAGGAGAAACAAGGCGGCCAUGAAGCAGCCUCCAAUCGAUGUGAAAGGCGGUGUGAGGAAUGCUGGCGCUCGAAAAGCAAGAAAUCGGCACAGUGUAACCGGCAACACUGUUUCUGGUGGAGCAUCGAACCAGGACAAUCAUCUCAAGCACACUAGCAUCAAGCUAUAUGCCUGCAAGGAAUGCCGCGAAUACUUUCCUGAAAUGUCGGCACUCGAGAGACACAGCAGGAAACACACGGGCGAAAAGCCCUCCAUUUGUGAUGAAAGCCCCAAGUCAUUCAGCCGUAGCAGCAACUUGGGGGCACAUCGCCGCACGCACACGGGUGAAAAACCUUAUGUCUGCAAAAUAUGCCAUAACAGCUUCACAAGGAAUCAUAGCCUCAAACAACAUAUCAGAUGCCAUACGGGGGAGAAACCCUUUGUCUGCGCAAUAUGUUCUGAAAGUUUCGCAAGGCACCAAUACCUCCGACACCAUCUCGCGACCCAUACGGCUGAAAAAGCCUUUGUCUGCAAAAUAUGCCAUAAAAGCUUCACAAGGAAUCAUAACUUGAAACGGCAUAUCAGGUGCCAUACGGGGGAAACACCCUUUGUCUGCGAAUUAUGCCCCAGAAAGUUUGCAAGGAAGAAUGACCUCACGCACCACCUCGCUGACCAUGCAGGUAAAAAAGCUUUUGUCUGCAAAAUGUGUGAUAAAAGGUUCACAACGAAGCAAUCCCUCAAGAAUCAUCUCGCAUUGCAUACGGGUGAGAAGCCAUUCGCGUGCCCUAUUUGUUGUAAAUCUUACAUGUGGAGGACCCAACUCACCAGGCAUAUUAAAAAGCAUACAGACGAAAAUUCUCACGCUGGCCCACAAUGUCCUCAAUGAUUGGCGGCCAAGCAAUUUCUCGAUUAAAAUCUCUACUCUUGUAGAGGCGAAGACCUCGGAAUUGCGAAGAAUGAAUAGAAUCCCUUACGCGCGAGUUGCGUUCGGAACAUUACCGCAGUAAAGACAUGGAUAAGAAACUACAGUUUACGCAGUGCCGCAGUCGCUUAGAGGGCAAAAAAAAACGCUCGACAGAAGUUUUUGCUAGCAACGUAUGCGCUAUGUGUGAAGACUUAUUUUAAGAGACUUGGUUGAAAAUUCCACGUAUUGCAUUGUACGAACUGAUAAAUAACCACGAUAAUCAAUUGGGUGCGCUGGUCAACUCGCUCGUCGGCAGAUCAUCUAUCGCCACAAUAAAUUUGAGCCAUGGUAACAAACAUCUUCCGAGGAGUGGCCGAAUGUUUAGGCAUAUGUACAAGUUCACACAAAGGGUGACAGUGUGGGCAAAGCGAGCGGUGUGCUUUUGAGCUCCUGUGACGGCGAAAACACUUGGAGAAAUCCACGAUGUAAGCUGUGUUAGCUGACUGUCAAAACAUCACGAGGGGAGAUAUUACGCCAACAGUUAGUAUAACAAUUUUGCAAGUGGGUGAUGUUCGUCUGGGUCUUCGUUCCGCAAUUCAGUCUUGAUGACAAACCCUAACAGGUUGCCGCUUUUAUAUUCCUGGGACUUCGCCUUGAAACUGCCAGCUGAAUCACCAUUAACGCCUAUUCAGUUCAGAAAAUUUCAGUUGCAAGCAUUUUGGCGUCAUUUAUACAAGUUUUUACUGUGGAUGUCUUUAACGAUUAACCUCCCAUCACAGUGGAAAUGAAUACCUACCAUGAUCUGAGGCUUUAGAGGCUGAGGAAUGCAUACCGUUAUCAGAAAUGGAGUAGCAUCCUUUCUUCAGAUUGUAAGUA